UCUUUUACUUGAAAAUAUAUUUUCUUUCUCGACUACUUUGCUUUACUUUCCAAGGGAGUUUUCUUUCACGGUGAAAGUGCUUUCCCGGUCGUCAAAGAAAAAGAUGGGGUGGGUGCACCCUGAUAUAAGCUUGGAGGAAAUGGUGAAACUGACAAAAGGGUUUGUAGAUAUACUGAUUCUAGCAUCUGGGUAUCAGUCUUCUGGUCGUAUUGCCCACUGGGACGCCCAAAACAUCAAGAAAAUCUUCCACUGGGGCCUCUUCUUCGAAAAUGUGUUUAGCCGUUUGAGUGGCUCAGAUGCUUACCAAGACUCGGUGGAGGAACUUGAUGCAGCUCUAUCUGAAAUGACUUCUGAUGCGUCUUUCCCUCAGGGUCUUGCACAUUUAUCAUCUACUACUCUUGCUAAGGCGCGUGGAUAUGUAUUAGAACAUCUUAUCCAUACUUUGCCUUUGAGGGUUGCACAUCUCAGAGAGUUUCUGACUGCAGUUAUUGAGAUGGAGCUUGAUGAGCUAUUAGAAACGGAGCAUGAUUGCCUAAAUGCAUAUCUGAAGAAAUUGACUCUGCAGAAUAGGUCACUUAUUUCAGUUCCAGAUGAGAAGGAUUUUUUGAAGGAUUCAGUUAUUUCAUCUCGGGAAAUGGCUCCAAUUAAGAAGAAUGAAAAAAGCAUUGGUGAUGAUCUUACAAAGUAUGCUCUGCAAGAGAUUUUGAAGAGGAAGUGUGCAGUGUCUUGCAUAUCAGCAGUAGAGACAGGCUUAGAUAUUAUUUUGAACACCAUAAGACAUAACAGUGAGUCUGACAAUAAGUUACUCAAUGAACAGCUAAAGCAUGAAAAAGCUCCAACGAAUGUAGAACCAUUACUGGAGUUUAUCACAUGGAAUCACUGGAAAUCAAGAAAUCUCUCAUAUUUUCUUGAUAAGAGAACUGUUAGAUUAGUCUCAGGUGCCAGCUUGAUAUUUUCUGCUCCUAAGGUUCAGUGGAUACAAGUUUUUCAGGGACUGAAUGUUUCAGCCAAAAGCAGUGAUAAUGGUUUUAGUGAAACAAUUGAGCUCUUGUUACUUGGAUGCAUUGCAAGCAGAUGGAAUUGUCUAAUUGAACAUUUCAUGCAUGUUUCGUAUUAUUCCCUUGCUAUCUCAGAGCAAUAUCAUGAGUUGUGCAGUUUAGUUUUUGGAAGAUCUCAAAGUCUUAAUUCUACAGAUGAAGCAAUGAUUUCAAAGGAAAGUAGCAUUCUUGAGUAUCUGACUGGAGUGCUGGGUGGUCAACUACAUCAACUAUGGAAAUUAUCCCCUGCCCUUGCAGCAGCUGCAAUUCCAUCCUGGUCACCAUUUUUAAGGUUGUAUUUGAGCGAAAUUGAGACUCAGUUCAAAGGAAAAUUUUCAAUGACAAGAUGCUGCAAUUGUUCUAAAGAUACGGAGGAACACAAGGACUGUGAACUUGCUGAGAGAAUUUGGUGCCUCUACAUCUUUCAUGUACUGGGCCCUCAUCUAAAGCAUGAUGCCAGUAGUGCUUGAUAGUUGGCUAGAUUACUUGCUCAAAAUGUCCAUAUGGAGAUGAGGUGACUUUCCUUUGGAGGAUACAGAUCAACAAAAGGGAAAAAAAAAAAAAAAUUUUAAAUUGCGUAAUAAAGAUACCCCAUGCAAUCUAAAUGCAAUGCGUAGGAAGGGAUGUGUUUCUGGUAUGUCGAACUUGAACUUGUUUAAAUAUCAUGAAUAUGAAUAGCUUACUAAACUUUUUAUUUGUGUUUUAUUUCAAUCUCAUGUUGAAAUCGUUUUGAUAAAUAUUUGCUUAAGUGGUUUGAAUUCUGUAUGCUAAAUUUAAUAUAUGUUUCAGUGAUUCUAAUUUUGUUACUUCCCUCAUAUUCAUUCCAUGUGCAGUAGUGAUUUGCCUCUGUGUGUUUGGUAGGUAGAAAGGAUUUUGUGUUGAAUUACUAUUUAGAGGAAGGUCAUGUUUGUCUGUCGUGCAUGUAUGUGUGAAAAAUCAAUUCUAUUUUAUGCCUAACAUUUCUUGUUCUGUAUCUACUACUAUCCUUAGAUAAGAUCUGUAUAUAUUUCUUAUUAAUUUUUUUUUUAUUCAUUUUAAUGCAUCAGUUAUCACUCUCUUCCAACGUUUUUCCUUUUACUUCGCAUAUUUUGUGGGCCUUCUUUAUAAAAAAAGCAUGACCAAACUUUCCAUGCAAAAAGCCAUAAAGUUAGAAAAAACUGAUGUGUUUAAGCAGGCUAUUUCAUAGGUAAUUUAGAUAUGGACGGUGUGAUGAUUUACGUAAGGAAGACCUCAUCCUACUGCUUUAGUGCUUUUUCUUUGGUGACUCUUCUGGGGAAAGUUUACCAUAUCUUUGAGUAAAAUAGAAGAAAAGAUCACAAAAAACAAACAGUGCCAACUUUUUUUAAGGCUAUCUAUUCAAAAAAGUGCUCAAUCACCACUACUGAUGCUACAUCACUAAAGCCAAGUCUUCAACACUCUCUCUCUAAGCUGGGGCCGUUUCUGACUGGGGAAAAGCUAAGUUGGAUGGAUAGAUGAUGAUAAAGGGUCCUUUCUCUAAUGGAAUGGUGACAUGUAUGAUGCAAUGCUUGCUAUUAAAAGUUGACAGUUACAAGUUGGAAGUGUAAUCUUUAUGUUUUCUCUGGAGUAUAAGACUCUUGGUGCUUCACUACCUCUAGUUCUAGCAAUACAAGCCCUCAUUGAAAUUAGUGGGAAUUUGGAGCUAAAAUGAAAAUAUCAACCAUGUGUAGCUUCAGGAGAAUGCAGUUCUGGAAGUUGAGGAAGAGAAUUGCAAGUGCUGGGUCUGGAUUCAGACUUUUGAGUGGCAAAACAAGAGCACCAUUGGAUUGUUGCCAUGGAUCAUAUGUGUUGAGGCAGUUGGUUUGGAAGUUCAAGUCACAGUGGAAGCAAGCUUUGAAUCAGCAAAGGAGCAGUGCACAGUACAGCUAUGAUCUUCACAGCUAUUCUCUGAACUUUGAUGAUGGUUUGCCUCAUGGUUUCAGAUGACUCUUCUUUUUCCCUUUUAAAUAAGUAAUAGAUUACUUGCCCACAACAAGCAAUAAACUGUUCCAAAUUUUUUUUUUUAAAAUUGUUUCAGAGGCCAUUUGAGGCAUAUACUGUGCACAAUGUUUGAUUGAAGAUAUUGGAAUAAUAUGUGAAUAAAAGAAUUCUUAAAGUUAUGCAAGUUUGUUAUCAUGGCAGAUUGUUAAACACCAACCUGUAUCUUUUAUAGCACCAGUGUAACAGGUUGACCAUCAAAACAUACUGAUGCAGUAUUAAAGCUCCACCAAAUGCAUCGCAGAAAUCAGUUUUAGACUACUAGAAGUCAGUUAGUUUGCUAAAAUUGGAAUUGACAGGUUGACCAUCAAAACAUACUGAUGCAGUAUUGAAAGCUCCACCAAAUGCAUCGCAGAAAUCAGUUUUAGACUACUAGAAGUCAGUUAGUUUGCUAAAAUUGGAAUUGACAGGCUAUUUCAUAGGUAAGAUAUGGACGGUGUGAUGAUUUACGUAAGGAAGACCUCAUCCUACUGUUUAGUGACUCUUCUGGGGAAAGUUUACCAUAUCUUUGAGUAAAAUAGAAGAAAAGAUCACAAAAAACAAACAGUGCCAACUUUUUUUAAGGCUAUCUAUUCAAAAAAGUGCUCAAUCACCCCUACUGAUGCUACAUAACUAAAGCCAAGUCUUCAACACUCUCUCUCUAAGCUGGGGCCGUUUCUGACUGGGGAAAAGCUAAGCUGGAUGGAUAGAUGAUGAUAAAGGGUCCUUUCUCUAAUGGAAUGGUGACAUGUAUGAUGCAAUGCUUGCUAAUAAAAGUUGAAACUUACAAGUUGGAAGUGUAAUCUUUAUGUUUUCUCUGGAGUAUAAGACUCUUGGUGCUUCACUACCUCUAGUUCUAGCAAUACAAGCCCUCAUUGAAAUUGGUGGGAAUUUGGAGCUAAAAUGAGAAUAUCAACCAUGUGUAGCUUCAGGAGAAUGCAGUUCUGGAAGUUGAGGAAGAGAAUUGCAAGUGCUGGGUCUGGAUUCACACUUUUGAGUGGCAAAACAAGAGCACCAUUGGAUUGUUGCCAUGGAUCAUAUGUGUUGAGGCAGUUGGUUUGGAAGUUCAAGUCACAGUGGAAGCAAGCUUUGAAUCAGCAAAGGAGCAGUGCACAGUACAGCUAUGAUCUUCACAGCUAUUCUCUGAACUUUGAUGAUGGUUCGCCUCAUGGUUUCAGAUGACUCUUCUUUUACCCUUUUAAAUAAGUAAUAGAUUACUUGCCCACAACAAGCAAUAAAUUGUUCCAAGUCUUUUUUUUAAAUUGUUUCAGAGGCCAUUUGAGGCACAUACUGUACACAGUGUUUGAUUGAAGAUAUUGGAAUAAUAUGUGAAUAAAAGAAUUCUUAAAGUUA